GCAACAUGGGGGGGUCCGCAGCCGGUCUAAGGCUGGCGCUGGCCUGCCCAGGCACGCUGCUGUGGCCCGACCUGUUCUUGCAGGGAGGGGACCGGUAACCUCCGCCUGCAGGGCUUCCAGUUCAGGCUUUCUGCCUACCCAGCAACUUCUAAUUUGGGCGGGACCGGAGACCACCGCAGUGCCCCGUGCUUCAGCCCUUGAGGAGCGAUGACGGAAUAUAAGCUUGUGGUGGUGGGCGCUGGAGGCGUGGGGAAAAGUGCCCUGACCAUCCAGCUGAUCCAGAACCACUUUGUGGAUGAGUACGACCCCACCAUCGAGGACUCCUACCGGAAGCAAGUGGUUAUCGACGGGGAGACGUGCCUGCUGGACAUCCUGGACACGGCGGGCCAGGAGGAGUACAGCGCCAUGCGGGAUCAGUACAUGCGCACCGGGGAGGGCUUCCUGUGUGUGUUUGCCAUCAACAACACCAAGUCCUUUGAGGACAUCCACCAGUACAGGGAGCAGAUCAAGCGAGUGAAGGACUCCGAUGACGUGCCCAUGGUGCUGGUGGGGAACAAGUGUGACCUGGCUGCCCGCACCGUGGAGUCCCGGCAGGCACAGGACCUCGCCCGUAGCUACGGCAUCCCCUACAUUGAGACGUCAGCUAAGACGCGCCAGGGCGUGGAGGAUGCCUUCUACACGCUGGUGCGCGAGAUUCGGCAGCACAAGGUGCGGAAGCUGAGCCCGCCCGACGAGGGGGGCCCCGGCUGCAUGAGCUGCAAGUGUCUGCUGUCCUGACGUCCCUUCGGGGCCCCCCGCCCCUCCCCCCACCAUCUCGCAGGCCCUCUGUGCCCCCGGAGCAUGGGCACGGAGCACGGGCAUGGGGCAUGCAGGUGCCAGAUGCCAGGAGGAGGUGCUGCCGUCGGAGGGAGGGGCAGGGGAGGGAAGGAAGGAAGCGCCCCCGGGCCGGCCCAGGCUCCCUGCACGGAGUCCGCACACCUCCCAGGACGCUUUGCACAGACUGUGGUGACCUGAGGCCACCGGCACCCGGCUGUCACUCGUCCCCCAGCCCCGUCCUGGUCCUCUGGGCACAGGCUGAGUUGCAGUAAAUUAUUGGAUGAUCUUGA